CUCCACUGCUGAGUGCUGUAGUACCGAGACAACUCAGAACUGUCUGUGUCCUGAAGGCAACUGAACAAGAUGUCGUCAUCGGAGAAGUCCAAGGUGAAGAAAGAGACAUCUUUGAAAAAAGCUGUUCAGAGGAAGGGAUCAGAUUCCCCAAAGAAGUCAAGCUCGAAAACGACCCCUCGAGCUGGAACACCCAAUCGGAAAGGAUCACACACUCCACGUGCAGACGUGUUGAGCCAAGAAGUGAAAGUUCGUCUGUUCCUUUUUGCAAGUCGAGCAGGUGACCCUGCUGAUCUGGAUAUACAUACUGGCUUACAUGGCGAAGUCUUUGAAAAAGUCGCCGAGCUGGCAGGAGGCCAAUCAACAACAGAGUCAGAUUCAGCAAACUCUACAGCAGGGGAGUCCGGUUCUGUUGAAAAUCAGCAGCCCUCCCUUGAAGUCCAACCAUCUGCUGAAGACAAGGCUGAGGUAGGUAAUGUCUUGUAUGUCGAGCCUUGGGAGGAGUCUGAGAUGGUUGACUUCCACUACCACUUGGAGCAUUGGGCUGAGAUGAAACAGCAGCGUGCCCAAGGGACAGUGAAGUUGAUCUUCUUUAAACUUCUCAUAAACCACCGCUAUCUCCGUGUGUUGGUUGACUGUGGUGCUACAACUAAUUUCAUGUCACCACAUGGGAUACGCAAGGUGGGCUUGGGGAUGAAGCAAGUGGCCCUGCAGAACCCUUGUCGGACCCAAGUUGGCAACAAGGAAGUUGUCUCUUCAACACAUGCAGUCAAAGGUGUGCGCACUACCUUUGACAGAGGUAAGGCUGUCACCCACGCAUUGAACUUCUUUGUCCUUGACAAGUGCCCCUUCGAUGUUGUCCUUGGCUUGGGCUGGCUGCAGUCCCAAUGCGAAUGGACCAAGUGGAAGGAGUCACUCUUCAUGGUCAAAGAUGCUCAGGGGAAUGAACUUCCUGUCCUCUUGGAUGAGAAGCACGAAUCCCCAGUGACUUUUCUAAAUGCAUUGAAGUUUUGCAAGAAGUGGCGCAAGCACAAAGAGGACGAACAGUUGUAUGUUGCCUUUGUUCGCCCUGCUCAUGUGCCUUCUACUUUUGCGGUGAGUCCUACUUCUACCUCAACUAGUAAAUCUACUUCUAAUAAUACUACUGCUACCACUGCCUCUGCUUCUCCACCUUCUAAAAGUCCAAAUGAUCCUACUUCAGAUUCGGUCGUCUCUAUACGCGACUUGCGGCCGGAUCUUGGUGAUCCCUUUGCUGAUUCCGCACCCCCACCUAUCCCAUCAAACAUCCAAACCCUCCUCGAUAGGUUUCCGGAAGUCUUGGCCAAGCCACGUGGAGUCCCCACGCGACCGGUUCGACACACCAUUGAGUUGGUCGAGGGUGCUGUUCCUCCAAAGGGCUGCGUGUACCGUAUGAGACCCGGUGAGUUGGAGGGACUCCGGCGACAAAUCGAUGAGAUGAUUGACAAAGGGUGGAUCAAACCUAGUGAAUCUGAAUUUGGUGCUCCUGUGUUGUUUGUGACAAAGAAAGGAGGCAAACUCCGCAUGUGGAUUGAUUACCGCGGUCUAAACCGCAUCACAAGAAAGAAUGCUUAUCCAUUGCCUCGUAUAGAUGACUUGCUUGAUGCUGCAGGCGGGUGCAAGGUCUUCUCCAAGAUUGAUCUCAAGUCUGGCUACCACCAGAUUGAAGUCGAUCCUGCGGACCAGCACAAGACUGCGUUCAAAACACGCGACGAACUUUAUGAGUUCACCGUAAUGCCCUUCGGUCUUACGAACGCACCAGCCACUUUCCAAAGCCUCAUGAACAAGGUCCUCUGCGAACAGAUUCGCCGGUUUGUGGUAGUAUACCUGGACGAUAUUCUAAUCUUCAACAAGUCGAUGGAGGAACACCUCAAGCAUCUUGAGGAGGUGCUCGCUAUCCUCAAGAAGACGCAGCUCCAUCUCAACUUGGAGAAAUCCGAGUUUGGGAAGGAUAGCGUCAUCUAUCUUGGGCACCGGCUGUCUGCUGCAGGCCUAGAGCCUGAGGCAACCAAGAUUGAGGUCAUACGCGAUUGGCCUCAACCUACGAACAUUCGCGAAUUGCGUUCUUUCCUUGGUCUCGCAUCGUACUAUCGGAAGUUUGUACCCCGUUUCUCCAUCAUUGCUCGUCCAUUGUCGCGACUAACCAGUAAAAAUGUGUCUUAUUCCUGGGAUGCCGCGUGUACGAAAGCUUUUCAAACUCUCAAGGAAACCUUGGUAAGUUACCUAGUACUCAACAUUGCAGAUCCCAAACUGACGUUCGUAGUUACUACGAAUGCAAGUCAGUAUGGAAUCGGUGCAGUGCUGCAACAAGAUGACGGCGAUGGCCUGCGGCCACUCGAGUACUACAACAAACGAAUGCCCAGCGUAAAGGUAGCCACUUCCACCUACAUGCGCGAGCUCUAUGCUUUGCGUAUGGCGUUGGAUCACUGGAAACAUUACCUUUUGGGACGCCACUUCAAAGUUUUCUCAGAUCAUGAGACCUUGAAGUGGAUCAAACAGCAAACUACCCUGUCCCCUACCUUGCUUCGCUGGUUUCAUAAGGUUGACAUCUUCGAUUUUGAAUUAAGACACAAAAAGGGCUGUUAUAAUCGAGUCGCUGACACAUUGUCUUGCCACCCUGAGUACAUGACUUGCCUUGUGAAAUCCUACGACCUUCGGAAGAAACUGAAGGAGGAGCUCGUAGAGCAGACAGCCAAGGAUCCGGAACUUUGUUCCAUCCUUGAGCAGCUGCGGGCUGAUCCUAGUAGUCAGCGUGAUUUCCACGAGUUUGGAGGACUGAUUUUUCGUCGCUACGGGAACCAUGACCGUUUGUGUGCGGAGAUCCUCGGUCUCGACAACUCGGUAGCUCAUCUCCAAGACCGCCUUCAGCGGAUGGAGCAGCGACCAGUCGCCGCCGCCGAUGCAGGCUCUUCCAAUAUUGCCGACCGCCUCACCGCAUUGGAGAUGCAUGUCGGCUCCCUCCAGGACGGCGCACAGUUACAGCAGACCGCGAUGCAACAGUUGCAGCAGCGGCUCGACACUACUGCCACCACCUCGAGUCCGGAGCCGCGCGAGACAACUCCUAAGUUCGAUGGGCAGGAGAUCUUCCACGACUCAAUCAAGAUAGAUCCAAUUCCAUGGUUUCGCAAGUUCGAGCUCACGCUGCAGCUCCACAACGUCAAGGAGCACAAGCAUCACGCCUACUUGUACUCUCGCUCAGGGGGCGCGUGUCAGGCUUGGUUGGACAACCUGUUGUCCAAGUACGGAGUGGUAGCUAAUGACUUGCACACCAAGAUCACCUGGGAUGAUCUGAAGGCGGCGUGGCACAAGCGGUUCCAGGUGGAGCCGCCAGAGAUCAAAGCCAUGGACCAACUCAUGGUCUUCGAACAAGGCACGCUGCCGAGUACGGACUGGAUCGCCGAGUACCAACGCUUGACGUCAGUCCCAGACAUCCAGAUGGGCUUCAAGGCCAUCCGCCACUACUUCAUCUCAAGGUCAUGUCCGACAUUGAGCAAUGCCCUGACGUAUGUCGAGGACACCUUGACGACGACGGCGGAAUUAUUUGACAAGGCUGCGCAGAUCAUCGUCACGAACAAGGAAGCCAAGAACCUCCGUUCAUUUGCGUCAGGCCCGAGCAGGGACCAGCAUCGGCCAAGAGUGGCCGUGGUCGCAGCGGCAGCGCCGUUAGACCAAACCAGCGAGGCUGCGUCUGCCAGUGAAGGAGACAGAUUCGCAGCCGCCCGGAAGGUGGCCGCGCCGGCACAGGCCGAGGGCGCGGCAAGACGAAGACACACACCGUUUCUAGCCCCAGGCCCGGUGCAGCAACUCAGACAGGCCCAUGGACCCGUAUGGCAUCUCCGAGUCCGCAUACAAGGCGCGCGAGAGAUUCCACUAUUGCCUUUGGUGCAACAACGAUCUUCAUCAGACGCAGGUUUGCCCAUUGAAAGGCAAGGGCAGACAGGGAAACUGAGCACCGCCGAGAGUGACGCGACGACACUCUCGACGCCUUCGGAACUGGUUUCUUCGCGAGUGACCAGCCUUCAUUCCGAGGCGCACGCGGAAGUCGACAGUCCUCCGCUUCUACUUUCUUUUGAGGACUAUGCUGCCCGGCUCGUUCCAACGCUGGGUACUCAAGCUCAAGGACAAGGAGUGUGUGCGGUUUCUUCUCUGUCCGUCAACAGCGACAUAUCGUCUUCAAGUGGUUUGUCACGGGAUUCGGCGCGCGAGUUCAAUGUAGAGGCAUUGGACCCGCUCACGUUUGAGGACUUUGCAUGGCUUCCUCUCCCGACCACAGGCUGUUUGYCGGGACCGCAAUGCGCARCACUUARCGCUCAUCUCCACACUUACCUUUCCUUCUAUGCACCACCAACUUCGCCGACGGAUGACGAAGUCGCGGUGGGGGACAUCCUGGCAUAUACUACCAAGGUGGCCCGCGAGUUUUCGUACGAUAACAACAAUGCACCGCUCAUGUAUGUCUGCAUCCAGGUUGGGCAAGCGUCCUGCAGCGCUUUGCUGGAUAGCGGCGCGACUCGCAACUUCAUGAGCCAAUCCUUUAUGCAAAGGGCUGGCCUUGGCGCACAAGUUCGGAGGAAGGCAAACCCGACGGCGAUCAAGUUGGCGGAUGGAAAGACGCAGCAACUUCUCGACCGUUACAUCGAGGCCGUACCGGUCUACUUCGCACCUCAUGCAUGCGAACCGGUAACAUUCGAUAUUCUCGAUACGGACUUCGACAUCAUUCUGGGAAAGCCUUGGCUUGCGAGUGCGGAUCACACGGUCAAUUUCCAUCGGCGGACUCUUAGCGUUCGCGACGCCUUCGGCGCGGAAGUGGCGUGUACUAUUCCUCUACCGUACUCUUCGAUCCGGUGCCAAGUGCCGCCGAAAGGUUGCAUCUAUCGGAUGAGCAAGGAGGAGCUUGAGGUACUCAGCGCACAACUCGACGAUUUGUUGGCCAAGGGCUGGAUCCGCCCGAGUAGCUCCCCAUAUGGAGCACCAGUUCUCUUCGUCUGGAAGAAGAGCAAGGAUCUACGAUUGUGCAUCGACUACCGCAAGCUCAAUGCGCAAACCGUGAAGAAUGCGGGGCCUCUUCCUCGCAUCGACAAUCUUCUCGAGCGACUGGGCGGUGCGAAGUAUUUUUCCAAGUUGGAUUUGAAAUCAGGAUAUCAUCAAAUCUCGAUCCGGCCGAACGAUCGCUACAAGACCGUGUUCAAGACGCGGUACGGGCAUUUUGAGUGGGUGGUCAUGCCUUUUGGCCUCACCAACGCCCCAGCGACCUUUCAGGCGGCCAUAACCAAUGAGUUCCGUGCAAUGUUGGACCUGUUCGUGCUGGUCUACUUAGACGAUAUUCUCGUCUAUAGCCGGCCAUUGGAGGAUCAUCUGGGGCAUCUUCGACGAGUGUUGGAGACGCUCCGCCGUGGCAAGUACAAGGCCAACCGCAACAAGUGCGAAUUUGUCCGGCAAGAGCUGGAAUACUUGGGCCAUUUUGUUACACCGGAGGGCAUCAGUCCGCUAUCGGACAAGAUUCAGGCCGUCCAGGAGUGGCCGGAGCCUCGGAACGUCACGGAUGUUCGCUCGUUCCUCGGUCUUACCGGCUACUAUCAGCGCUUCAUCAAAGGCUACUCCAAGAUCGCGGCCCACUUGAACAAGCUUCAGUGCGAGGAUCGGCCGUUUGACUUUGGAGAGGAGGCGCGGGGAUCAUUCCUCACUCUCAAAGCCGCGCUAUUGUCUGCGGAGGUCUUGCGGAUAUACGACCCGCUUGCGCCUACACAUGUCACUACGGAUGCGUCAGGCUAUGGCAUUGGUGCAGUCCUCGAGCAACAUGAUGGUGUGGACUCGCACCCGGUCGAGUACUUCAGCAAGAAAGUGCCACUCGUGCAUUCCAUUGACGAUGCACGCAAGAAGGAGCUCCUCGCCUUCGUCCACACCCAAGACACCGUCAACAGCACCAUCGCUCGAUGGAUGGCUUUCAUCGACCAGUUCGACUUCUUUCCCGAUCACAUUCCCGGGAAGUCGAACCGUUUUGCGGAUGUUCUCUCACGGCGUCCGGAUCAUUGUACCGCAGUCUACUCGACCUUCGAGAUUGACGACGACCUGCGGAACAGCUUCAUCCACGGCUACCAAGCCGACCCCGAUUUUCGCGACAAGUACUCAAAUUGCGCCUCUCCUAAUCCGGCUCCUUCUCACUAUCGGAUCCAAGAGGGGUACUUGCUUGUCCACACGCGGGGGAAGGACCUUCUUUGCGUACCGAGUGAUCCUCACUUGCAUACACGGCUUCUUGGCAGGUUCCACGACGCUCCCGCCACUGGACAUUUUGGAGUCAAUCGCACGAUUGGCCGACUUCGCCAUCGAUUUUGGUGGCCCGGCCUUCUCGGCGACGUCACGCGCUAUUGCGAGUCAUGCGAGGUUUGUCGACGCUGCAAAUCCCGCAACCAUCGUCCGUACGGCGAGUUACGACCAUUGCCAGUCCCGUUGAGACGAAGGGAAGCGAUUGCCAUGGACAACACCGGCCCGUUCCCCAAGCACAAGACCGGAGUGAAUGGGAUUCUCACGGUGGUCGACCGACUCACCAAGUUCGCCAUGUUUUUGCCUUGUCGCUAUCAUGCCAAGGCACCGGAGUUGGCCGAGGUUCUGUACGCCGGUUGGAUUCGCACCAAGGGUUACCCCAAGGAGAUCGUCUGCGACCGCGACACUCGGUUCAUGUCCGAUUUUUGGUUGGCGCUCAUCAAGCGAUGGGGCUCAUCUCUCAAGCCUAGUUCAGCUCGCCACCCUCAGAUUGAUGGCCAGACGGAGAGGGCGCAUCAGACCACACAGGUUCUCCUUCGCACUCUCAUCCGCCCCGACCAGAAAGACAGGGUUGAGCGACUGCCGGACGUUGAGUUGGCCUACAACUCUUCCAUCCACUCGGCUAUUGGGAUAUCGCCCUUCGAGUUCGAGCACAGCUCGCCGGUCACGUCACCGUUGGACACGAUUACUCCACGCACGGCCGAGAGCGACGACCAUCUUCUUUUCUUGCGUCGGAUGCAAGAGCUUCUUGUCAAGGCAAGCGACCAGAUGGCUAAGACGCAGCAGCGCAUGAGCCAGCAGGCAAAUCGCCAGCGUCUUCCUUGUCCAUUCCGCGUCGGGGACCUCCUUUGGGUUUCAGCAGCGGAAUUCAGCCUUGGGCAAGACAUCUCUCGCAAGCUCCUUCCGAAAUGGAUGGGGCCUUGGCCGAUCAUUGAGCCCGCUGGGGACGCACCUGAAAGACCUUCCUUCACGAUUCAGGUGCUUAGCCACUUGCCCGUCUACCCAGUCUUUCAUUGUUCCAAAUUGGCUCUGUACACGCCAGUGGAACAUGACGAUUUUCCCGGGAGACGUACGCAAGACCCACCUUCUAUGGAUGGUUUUCAGGAGGUCGGCGACAUCAUCUCCCAGCGACGCUACGGCAACAAGCCAACUGAGUAUUUGGUGCAUUUUGCCUACUGCACACAUCAAGCUGACCGUUGGUUAACCCGUGCGGAACUGCAAGCGACAGCUCCAAACGUUCUCGCACGCUACGAACGCAAGAUGCAAGGCAAGCCGGUUUCUUCGGCUCCACGCCGCGCCCGCGUCCAUGUUCCACCUUCAGAUCGACGGCUUCGCCCUCGCCCCGGCUUGGCUUCAUAAGGAGGGGGGGGGGUUACAUGCAGCGCGUGCACACACGGGCCAUUUUGCAGGCCCGGCGGUUUUCAGGCCAAAAGCCUGAAAUCAAGGGCUUAUAGGCCC